UCGACGAGGCCCCGCCCCCACUCGCCGGCCCGCGUGCUCCUCCAGCGGAAGCCGGAAGCGACGUGGGCCGUGCUACCCCCACGGUCUGGAACUCGGUGGUCCUGGAGGCUACGCCGGAUUGGGGAGAAGAUGAAGGGAGAGUUUUCCAAUACAAGUCAUGAGAGUUUCAAUGCCACCCUCCACACCACCUUGGUUGUCACGACGAAACUCGUGCUCCCGACCCCUGCCAAGCCCAUCCUCCCUGUGCAGACAGGGGAGCAGGCUCAGCAGGAGGAGCAGUCCAGUGGCAUGACCAUUUUCUUCAGCCUCCUUGUUCUAGCUAUCUGCAUCAUCUUGGUGCAUUUACUCAUCAGAUACAGACUGCACUUCUUGCCAGAGAGCGUUGCUGUUGUUUCUCUGGGUAUUCUCAUGGGAGCAGUUAUAAAAAUUAUAGAGUCUCAAAAACUGGCAAACUGGAAGGAAGAAGAAAUGUUUCGUCCAAAUAUGUUUUUCCUCCUCUUGCUUCCGCCUAUCAUCUUUGAGUCCGGAUACUCCUUACACAAGGGUAACUUCUUUCAGAAUAUUGGCUCCAUCACCUUGUUUGCUGUAUUUGGUACUGCGAUCUCUGCUUUUGUAGUAGGUGGAGGAAUUUAUUUUCUGGGCCAGGCUGAUGUAAUCUCUAAACUCAACAUGACAGACAGUUUUGCGUUUGGCUCCCUAAUAUCUGCUGUCGACCCAGUGGCCACUAUCGCUAUUUUCAAUGCACUGCACGUGGACCCUGUGCUCAACAUGCUGGUCUUUGGAGAAAGUAUUCUCAACGAUGCAGUCUCCAUUGUCCUGACCAACACAGCUGAAGGUUUAACAAGAAAAAAUAUGUCAGAUGUCAGUGGGUGGCAAACAUUUUUACAAGCCCUUGGCUACUUCCUCAAGAUGUUCUUUGGCUCCGCAGCACUCGGAACUCUGACUGGCUUGAUUUCUGCACUAGUGUUAAAGCACAUUGACUUGAGGAAAACGCCUUCCUUGGAGUUCGGCAUGAUGAUCAUUUUUGCCUAUCUACCAUAUGGGCUCGCAGAAGGAAUCUCACUCUCAGGCAUCAUGGCCAUCCUGUUCUCGGGCAUCGUGAUGUCCCACUACACACACCACAACCUCUCCCCGGUCACCCAGAUCCUCAUGCAACAAACCCUCCGAACUGUGGCCUUCUUGUGCGAAACAUGUGUGUUUGCAUUUCUUGGCCUGUCCAUUUUUAGUUUCCCUCACAAGUUUGAAAUUUCCUUUGUCAUCUGGUGCAUAGUGCUCGUGCUGUUUGGCCGAGCAGUCAACAUUUUCCCUCUUUCCUACCUCCUGAAUUUCUUCCGGGAUCAUAAGAUCACACCCAAGAUGAUGUUCAUCAUGUGGUUCAGUGGCCUGCGGGGCGCCAUCCCCUACGCCCUGAGCCUGCAUCUUGACCUGGAGCCUAUGGAGAAGCGGCAGCUCAUCGGCACCACCACCAUCGUCAUUGUGCUCUUCACCAUCCUGCUGCUGGGCGGCAGCACCAUGCCCCUCAUCCGCCUCAUGGACAUUGAGGAUGCCAAGGCCCGGCGCAGGAACAAGAAGGACGUGAACCUCAGCAAGACGGAGAAGAUGGGCAACACCAUUGAGUCGGAGCACUUGUCGGAGCUCACCGAGGAGGAGUACGAAGCUCACUACAUCCGGCGGCAGGACCUCAAGGGCUUCAUGUGGCUGGACGCCAAGUACCUGAACCCCUUCUUCACACGGAGGCUCACACAGGAGGACCUCCACCAUGGACGCAUCCAGAUGAAGAGCCUGACGAACAAGUGGUACGAGGAGGUGCGCCAGGGCCCAUCGGGCUCUGAGGACGACGAGCAGGAGCUAUUCUGACGGAGACAC